CACCAAAAAGAAACGACUAAGAAGUGAGCCAUUUUAUUAAUCGUAUACCAAAAGAAUUUCUGAUUGUGUUUUCCUUGUUAAGAAGAGAAAUUAUUUAUGUCAAUAUCAUUUGCAGUGAAAGCUCAGAAAAAUUGGUGGUGAAUUUUUACGAAUUGAAAACCAAAAUAGCAUUAUCAAAUACAUAUGUAAUUUGCUUUCCUGGUUAUAUACAUAUAUUUGUUCCUGGUAAUGUUGGUGUCAAUAUUAUAUGCAAAAAUGAGUGAUUCAGGUGACUUUGAACAUUUAUAGAAGAAGUGGAAUCGGGACGAAGGAAAGAGUGCUUAUCUUUAAUAGGCUGAAAAUUACCUAUUUAUUAAAUUUUAUACUAAACGAAAUAAAAAUUUUCAAGUAUACCAAUAGUAUACAAACAAUAUCCAGUGUGCGCCAUUUUGAAUAUUUUGACUUGCUUGGGACUUGUUUGGUUAUCGUUCUGAACAAUUGAAUUCCCACAGUGCCGUUAUUCAAAUAAUAAAAUUAUAUAAUACAACUGCGUAAAAUAUAUGUGCGGAUUGCUAUAUAAAUAGAAUAAAGACAUUUUGUUGCCCAAGGUGUAAUGUUUACUAAGCAGUGUGAUCAAAUUAAGUUGUAUAACACAAAAGUAAAGCGCGUUAUUGUUAAAAAAAGACUAAUUGUUCAUCCAUCUACGAUGUUUAAGAACACAAACAUAUGUGGAAAACUGAUAACGGCAAUGAUAGUAUACCCAAACCAGCAAUUGAGAAACACAUUCAGAAUCCGAAUUGCUAGCCAACCGGCGAGAAUAAGAGUUUGCGUUUAGAUUGACCAUUGCAAAGUAUUUGCGUGAGUCUACAACAAAAUUAGUCCUAUAAGUUAUAUGCAUCGUUAAUGUAAAAGAUUUCAAACGGGAAAUAAAUACGUGAAGCCUUCAGGAUCAAAAUAAAUAUACGAAAUACGAUAUAAUCGUAUCUAUAACAAGGAUCAACAUUAUAACAUUUAUUAAAUAAUUGUUGUUAUAAUACUAAUACUUCUACAAUAUGAAGUUGUUGGAAAGUUCGCGUUUUGAAGCAAUUAAUAACGCUUUGUCUAUACAAACCGGUGGGAGUACAAUCUUUGGUCGAAUUGAGAGCUAUUCUUGCAAAAUGGUUGCGGCUGAUAAAGCUCUCUAUAAAAGAUUCACCGCUGAUACACACGGUGUUGGACCACACGAUUUACAAGCUCUUUCUCCACCACAAACUUUAGCUGAUCUUUCACCAAACUUCCAUCGCAACAAUAGUCAGUCGGGAGACGAAGGAAUUAUCCUUUGCGAUACUAUAUCUCGAAAAACUCUUUUCUACUUGAUUGCGACAUUGAAUGCUUCAUUUGAACCAGAUUACGAUUUUUCUGAUGCCAAGUCUCAUGAAUUUAGUAAGGAGCCUUCACUACAGUGGGUGAUGAAUUCCGUUCAUUCAAAUUUAUCAGCCUUAGCUGGAGAUCAAUAUCAAGUCUUACGUCAACCUUUAUGGACGGCUAUUGAUGAUGAAAUUAACUUGUCUGAUUGUGACAUUUAUAGCUACAAUCCCGACUUGAGUUCAGAUCCCUUUGGAGAACCCGGGUGUCUGUGGUCUUUUAAUUACUUCUUUUAUAACAAAAAGUUGAAACGCAUCGUGUUCUUCACAUGUCGUGCAGUAAAUUCAAUUUAUGCAGGAGAAACAUCCGAUUUUUCCAUGGAAGACGACGUUUACUAAGAAUUAUGCAAACUACUUAAAUAUUACCAGAACACAGUUCGAUUUUUCAAUUAAUAAUCUAAAAUAUAACGGACAUACAUAAAUUAAAAAUGUUAGUUGCAAGUAAUACUACAUUUACUCCGUUGCUUGCAAUUUUACAAGAUAACUCGUGGGAGACUAUAUGAACGUUACGUAUGCGUAUUCAGAUCCUGCAAGGUUAAAAAAAAUAAUGUAUUUAACUGUAUGUAUCUUUUCAAGUAUAUUUAUUGGCAUAAAGGCAGGUGAGAGCUGCGAUGUGAGAAUUUGUGCCUCUAAAUAUACACGAUGCCAAUAGUUUAGUUUAAAACUUAGAACUUCAAACAUAAACAUGUUCAAGGGUUUCAUCAAAUGAAAUACUUAAUUUAAUUUUAAAAUUUAAAGAAUAUUGAUAACUUGGUAGUAUUCAUUAUUGCGACACUUAAAAUGCUUGAAUAUGUUUUUCUUUGAAGUUCAACGGUCCAGGCGUUAGCAUUCAAUAAACGAAAUGGUUAUUGAAAGCAAAUGAAAUUUGCUAUGGAUUUUAAAUGUAUCGUUCUUUUAGUAAUAAGAUUAUAUUUUCUAGUUUUAAUCCACUAAAAAAACAUAUUGGUCGAAACAUGCGUUUUAACCUUUCAAAUUUAAUAUUCACUUUGAACUCAAACAAAUAUGUAAUAUUAGUAUGUAAUGAAACAAAAAAAUAAAUAAGCAAAUUUGGAUUGCA